AUGCAGGACAUCUACUCUGGCUCCUACGGCUUCAGCAUCGAGCAAGUCGGCUUCCUCUACCUCGGUCCCGGAUCCGGCUUCCUGUUCGCGGUUUGGUUUCUCGUUCCGCGAAUCGACGACGUAUACAAGAAGCUUACAGCUAAGCACAGCGAGAAGCCGAUGCCCGAAUAUCGUCUCCCGCUCGCAAAUAUUGGCGCUGUCUUCAUCCCCAUGUCGCUCUUCUGGUUUGCAUGGACGGUGGAGAAGCACGCUCAUUGGUUUGCGUCUAUUGCUGGCACCUUCUUCUACGGCAUUGGGCAGGUUAUGAUUCUGAACUGCACGCAAAACUACUACAUUGAUUCGUUCAAGACGUAUGCUGCGAGCGCUAUUGCUGCCGGGACGGUGUUCAGAUCGCUGGUGGGUGGCGUGGUUCCUCUGCUCGCGCCGAGCUUAUUCGAUGGGCUGGGGUAUGGAUGGGGGAUUAGCGUCUUCGGCUUCGUCAGUCUGGUGCUGGCUCCUGCUCCCGUGCUCUUCUUCGCAUUCGGGGAAAGGAUACGGGAGAGGUUUACGGUUAAGUUAUAG